AUGUCCAUGCAUGACCACGUCCAAAAGACUCGUCACCACGCGUCGUAUACUGUGUCCAAGGUCAUUGUCAUGGCCUCCCAGGUGCACGUGUUUGGGUUCGGCAUGUGCGAAGGAACGACGGGCUAUUGCCUUACGCGAGCCAAGCCCUCCACGCUCGAGGAGGCAUUCGCUUUUGUGUUGCUUAGGACUACGUGGUGGCAACAUUCUAUGCACGUGCACUGUCCGCUAAAGCUGGGAAAUCUGCGCUUGAGCCAAUGGAGAUCAACGUCAUCGAUGCGUCAAACAACCGCCAACAUCAUAGCACAUCGUAACAGUGGUCGAGGCGGUCGAUCCUUAAACUGCUUCUGUCGACGGAAGGUCGAUCACCGCGCACCAGCGUUAGCGGCAGUGCUUGCGCAUGCUGAUGCCGAGCCUGUAUCUGCCGACCAGCCAAAAUUCGGUCUGGGUCAGUAG